AUGGCACUAUACAAUCGACUGUACUUUCUUAGCAUCUACCAUGCCAAGCCCUCCGUCCCGCUCAGCGAGCAGAGCUGGGAGGACAUGACCCACCGCGGCAGCAUAUCAUAUCUGGAUCUCGAAACUCCAACGAAGGCUCCGAGAACAAUAUUGGAAGGCCUUUACAUGCCAGACGGUAUCGCUAUUAGCAAGUCGCAAGGGCUUAUCUUCUGGACCAACAUGGGCACUCCGGGCAAGAACGACGGCUCGAUUCAUUGCGCCCGUCUGGAUGGAUCGGAAGCGAGAUCCUUGCUGCCUCCGGGCGCCAUCAACACACCGAAGCAAAUUGUCCUGGACGAAGAAGCGGAGACUCUGUACUUCUGCGAUCGCGAGGGCAUGCGUGUACAUCGUUGUAAAGUCGAUGGAUCGGCACACGAGAUUUUGAUUCAAACCGGAGAUUGGCGAGUCGAGGAAGAACGAAGGGAUGCGACAAGAUGGUGUGUUGGCAUCGCCGUCUCGAAAACGCUCGGAAAGAUCUUUUGGACGCAGAAAGGGGGGCCGAAGAGUGGAGCGGGACGGAUAUUCUCCGCCAACAUCGAACUGUCGGCAGGCGCAGCAGCAGCGUCGAGGCCGGAUGUUGAAGUUGUCGCAGAGAGGUUGCCGGAGCCUAUCGACCUGGAGAUGGACGAGGGCUCCGGGGUGCUAUACUGGACGGAUCGAGGAGAGUUCCCGUUUGGCAAUACGCUGAAUCGAAAGCACCUUGUCGACCACGCCGUCGACUCUGGGCCUGCUGCGGAAGAGAUUCUUGGCCGCGAAAUCAUAGCAGAAGGCUUCGGCGAGGCGAUCGGGCUUGCAUUGGACAGACAAGGCGGCUGGGUUUGGGUUGCGGAUCUCUGCGGGCGGAUAUGGAAAUGCGAUGCCAAUCAGCCCGGCGCCAAGGAGAAGGUGUAUGAGGACGAGACGUCUUUACUGACCGGCUUGGCACUGCUUUAG